AUGCGCCGCGGCGGCCUUGCUGGAGCUGCGCGGUGCUGCGAGCCGUGGGGAUCUCGCCGGAGAUGCGUCGUGCUGCGAGCUGCAGUUGAUCUCGCCGGAGAUGCGCCACGGGACCCGAGGAAGAAGAAGCUGGGGAUCAUUCGAAACCGGAGUACUGCACUAAGAGGUAAGCAGUGCAAGAUGCCGUACCUGUCGGACCUUGAAAGCAAUGUUGAACUACUGCAGCAGGAGACUAACUCACUACCUACAAGAGUGCAGUCGAUGGAGGUUUGUAAUUCUGCUGACUUAUUACAUGAUCAUGAGCAGAUGUUUUAG